GGACCGAGCGGAGCAGCAAAGUUGCCUGCCUGAAAGUUCCUUGCCGACUGCUGUGCAACAAGUAAAUUCAGCGACUUGUGUACAGUACAGUCGUUCAUUUCCGAAGACACGACCAAGACAGGAGGGGUCGGUCCGCUCUGGCGUGCCGAAAGUGCAUCAACUACCAGAUGGACGGCAUUGUCACUUGCGGCGGGGUGACCUCGAACGGCACCAAAUCAAUGGAGUUGCUGAUGAGUGAGCUGAGUGCACUCUUGAAGUUGCUGGAUAAGGAGACCCUGACCUCCUCCACGCAGGAGAAGAAGACCUCAGUUUGGAACCUCCUGCAGCAGAUACAGCCAUCAGUUUCAGGGACAGACUACAUAUAUGUGAACUCGGUAGUGUACAGGAAUGGAACCAGCUUUGUGGAGUCCCUCUUUGAGAAGUUUGACUGCGAACUUGGAGACCUAAAGGAUGUUAACGACGAUGUGAAGCUAGGAAAACACACACAAAAUGAGACUUUGAAACAGGACUCUGGCAACUCCUCAGCUGUGUACUCAGCUGACUCUCCUCCACCUUUACCCACAACACCUCCCCCAGAGGAUUAUUAUGAGGAGGCAGUGCCACUCAGUCCGGGCGCAAUGCCCGAAUACAUCAUCACAAGAGUUAGACCUAGCCCUCCCAACUCCAUCGAGGAUGGAUAUGAAGAUGCAGACAACAGCAGCCCAACUACACACAUCAACUCCCACCGCAAAAACUCCUAUAAUGAUUCUGACGCUCUGAGUAGCUCGUAUGAGUCAUAUGAGGAAGACGAGGAAGAGAGGAGCCCCGGUGUUCAACUCAUGCAUCAGUGGCCCUCGGAGGAGAGCUCGAUGCCCCCUGCCAAGGACUGUCGCAUCUGUGCCUUCCUACUACGCAAGAAACGCUUUGGGCAGUGGGCCAAGCAGUUUACAGUUAUACGGGAAAAUCGAUUACAGUGUUAUAAGAGUUCUAAGGAUACAUGCCCGUACGUGGACCUGCUACUGCCUCAAUGCACUGUGGUCUACGCCCCGAAGGACACCAAACGGAAGCACCAUGAACUCCGGUUCACCUUACCCAACGGAGAUGUUCUUGUGCUGGCUGUGCAGAGCAAGGAGCAAGCAGACGGAUGGCUCAAGGUUGUCAGAGAGGUGAAGGGUCAAUGCACUGGGCUGGAGGUAUCCACGUCUCCCAUUAUUCUGAGAAAAAACGAACUUGACAAGAGGUUGUCUGCAGAGAAGAACAAUUCAGAUUCAGACAGUGUUGGCGUAUCAACAGGGGAGAACGUCCGAGAAAACGGUAAAGUGAAGCGCGGAGCCUUUGCUGCAGGUCGAAAGAUCACACGCAUCAUCAGUUUCUCAAAGAAGAAGAUUUCUCGUACACCCUACAACGACCCUCGACAAGGUUAUCUGUCAGUGCUAGUCAACCAAGUGUGGCAGGAGCACUGGUGCUGCGUGUGCAGAGGUUUCUUGCACUUUUACCAUGACAGAGGAGACCAUCAGACCUCCUUGCCCUCCCUCCCACUACAUGGCUGUGAGGUGGUGCCAGGCCUGGGACCCAAGCACCCCAUUGCCUUCAGAAUUUUACGAGCAAGCACCACUGUGGCUGCUCUGGAGGCAGCCAACUCUGAGGAUCUCGGAAGAUGGCUGGGAGUUCUCUUGGCAGAAACUGGCUCCACAGCUGAUCCAGAGUCUCUGCAUUAUGACUGCGUAGACGUGGAGACGAUCGCUAAUAUCCGCAAUGCUGCACGACAUUCCUUCCUGUGGGCCACGUCGUCCGGAGGCAACACGGACUCCAGAACAUAUGACGAGGUCCCUAUUGAGGACAUGCAGUCUAUGGAGAGCUGCCGGCAGCAAUGUGGGAAUCAAGGGAAGCGGCGCUCCAGUUUCUCCAGCAGUGAUUCUGACAAAACCAAGCCAUUACACUCCCUCAAACGAACAGGUUCAAAUUCUAACCAGUAUGGAAGGUAUGGGAAGACUCGAGCAGAGGAAGAUGCUAAGCGCUACCUGAAAGAAAAAGAAGGGCUGGAAAGAGAGAGGGAUGGGAUUCGGAAUACGCUCUCGUCCCUCCGACAGGAGAAGCGAGAGCUGAAGCAACAGCUGCAAACAGCUUCUGAGAAGCGAGGUCUCCUCUUGAACCAGCGUGUGUCCCAACUGGAAGAGGCUUGUCGAGAUAAGGAAGCAGCACGAGUGGACCUGGAGUUGCGACUGUCCCAUGUCAAAGAAAACAUAAAGAAAAGCAUGGCGGGCGGAGCGCUGGGAGCACCUGUGGAGAAUGUCCCACAUGUCAAGGGCCCCAGAAAGAAAAACCACAAUAUCUACAGUGAUAGUUUACCAGUAAACUGUGCCUCCGAGCUGCGCAAGAGACCCCCCUCUGUGUAUGCGUCAUCUUCAGGAAGUGUCAUGCAGAAGGCUAAGGAAUGGGAAUCAAAGAAAUGAACUUAAAUGCAGUGUCAACGGAAGUAGUUCCAG